AUGGAUAAAGGCUUUUUUCAAAGUUAUAUAACGAUAGUAUGGAUUGUUAUCUUUCUUCAAGCAAUUGGAGGUUUAAUAAUUGCUAUAGUUAUCAAAUAUGCUGAUAACAUUAUCAAAGGUUUUGGUACUUCUCUUUCGAUUCUUUUUUCAUCCGUUAUUUCCUUCUUUGUUUUACAUGAUUUUACACCGACGUCAUUUUUCUAUAUUGGAACAAUGUGUGUUUUAACUGCAACAUUUCUUUAUGGGUGGGAAAAACCUAAAGUAACACCAUCGGCUAAUGAUCAACCACGUGUUUAA